CACGAAUAAACUGUCAAACAUGCAAUUAUUAUUUAGGCAACUUCGUAAACGCACUCUGAAAUUACGUAAAAUUGUUAUAAUUUUCUAGCUUAGUUCAUAAGAUAAAAGCGUAUUUUAGUUAUCUCCUAGUUCAUGUAACAAACUAUAUUUGUAAAUAUAAAUAUGCAGGCAAUAAAAGCUUUGGCUGUCAAUACUCCCGGUACGGUACUUUCAGUUGUAAAGAAGGGUGUUUUCUCUCCAAUCGUUGAUCAAGUUCGCCAAACUCAUUUACCUGCACCGAAUCCCAAUGAAAGAAGACCGUAUUCGCCUUUUCAAGAUGCUACGAACAUGGCAGAAUUUGCUGUUGCACGACUUGACGAUUUAUUGAACUGGGGCCGUAAAGGUUCAAUGUGGCCCAUGACAUUUGGUUUAGCUUGUUGUGCUGUAGAGAUGAUGCAUAUUGCUGCCCCUCGCUAUGAUAUGGACAGGUAUGGUGUAGUAUUCCGAGCUUCACCCCGUCAAUCAGAUGUAAUGAUUGUAGCUGGGACAUUAACUAAUAAAAUGGCACCAGCAUUAAGGAAAGUGUAUGACCAAAUGCCAGAUCCUAGAUGGGUGAUCUCUAUGGGUAGCUGUGCUAAUGGUGGUGGAUACUAUCAUUACUCUUAUUCCGUUGUAAGAGGUUGUGAUCGAAUUGUGCCAGUGGAUAUUUAUGUACCUGGCUGUCCACCAUCAGCUGAAGCUUUACUUUACGGUGUUCUCCAACUACAGAAGAAAGUGAAAAGAAUGAAGACUGUUCAGAUUUGGUACAGAAAAUAGAUUAUAAAAUAAGUCCCAGAACACUAGAAAAUUUUAUUUAUAAUUAAUGUUGUAAUUCACCCUCUUUACAAUAAUAUAUGAUAUAGUGGAAGCAUUA